UCUAGUCUGUAGACGGUGUAUAGUAAGACUAAGAGUGUAGUCAUUCUACUAUUUGAUAUAUCUAGAAAUAAUCUAGAUCUAGACUCUAGAUCUACUUCUACUUGAAAUUAAUGCACAAAGCAGCUAUCAUUGUAGCACCAGUUCUUUUUGUUGUGCUGCUAAUAGGCUCAGAUUUGUACAUGCCAUUACUUCUAAGUGUUCUGCGUCGAGUAGUUACAAUGGCAGAAUUACAAACCAGAUCUUACACAUCUGGCACUGCAUCAAUGGCCUUUGUCACUGUACCAAACAUUGAGGUUGGCAAGAAGCUUGCAGGAGAUAUUGUCAAAAACAAACUUGCUGCAUGUGUCAACAUUAUUCCACAAGUCACAUCAAUAUAUGAAUGGGAAGACAAAAUACAAGAAGAUUCAGAAUUAAUAUUGAUGAUUAAAACUCUUACAGUGAAAAUUGAUGAGCUUUCUGAAUUUGUAAGAAAAAAUCAUCCCUAUGAUGUUGCUGAAGUAAUUAGUGCCCCAAUUGAAAAUGGAAAUCCACCUUAUUUAGAAUGGAUUUCAAAGGUGGUCACAGUCACAGGAAAUCAAAAAAAGUAAUCAUUCAAUUGGUGAAUUUGAGUCAUCUUUAAGUCUGCCAUCCUUCCUGUGUAUUUUGUGUAAUUAGUUUGCAUUUAAGAUUUUAAGACUGCUUAAUUGUUGUUUUUUUUUGUAUGUGUGUGUGUAUGAUUAAGUUUAAGAAAUCAGAAUGAUAAAAUAAAAUAUCUGAAAAGAAAGAA